UUGUUAGGAGCGAUGUUCAAAGAUCGACUUGUUACGUUUGGUGCAAUUUUCAUUCUUUUUAUCUUAAUCAUUUUACCUAUUGCACAAGCGUGGGAUAAUGUGGAUCAUGAGAUUUUUGAUCUAGUGGAUCAGCUUACAGGUCUCGAAGGAGAAGAUACAACAUUUUAUUCACUACUUGGAGUAGAACCGACAGCUACCGAAAAGGAAAUAGGCAGAGCAUACAGAAAAUUAUCACUCCUUCAUCAUCCAGAUAAAAAUCCUGACGAGCGCAGCCAACAAUUAUUUACCUUAUUGGGAUCAAUUACAACAAUACUUCGCAAUACAGAAACUCGAGACCGUUAUAAUUUUUUUCUAAAAAAUGGUGUUCCAAAGUGGCGUGGAACAGGAUACUAUUAUAAUCGAUAUCGACCUGGUCUCACUGGAGUUAUCGUUGGUCUCCUCAUUUUGAGCUCAAUCCUGCAUUAUAUUGUAAUGUGGGUGAAUUUUUAUCAAGAAAAAAAACGAAUUAGAUACUUUAUACAAGAGGCCAGGGAAAUUGCUUGGGGAAAACGAAUGAAAAAGCAAAAUACUAGGAAGAGAGUUUAUGUAAAUGAAAAACCAUUCAUUGUUGAUAGUGAUAAUGUUAUGUUCCUCACAGAUGAGGGAGAUGAAUUUGUAUUAAGCGAAGAUGAAGUAUCCAAACCUAGUUUUGGUAGAUUAUACCCAGUCUUAAUUUGUCAUUCUGUUUUAGAUAAAUUAAUGACUUCAAUGAAUCCUAAGAAAGAACGAGUUACUGAAGGAUCUGGUGAUGAUCAGGAGCCAUUUUCCAGUGAUGAUGAACGUAGUGAGACUGGUGACAAUCCAAGGAGUCAAACACGUAGACCAAUUGUCAUGUUAUUGGCUGAUGAUGUAUACAAAUUAAAAAAAUUAUUUGGUAUUAUUAUAGAUAUAAUAAAAGAAAUGGGUUCAAUUUUAAGAUACUUUUGUCGUUAUAAUUCAAGUUUUUCAUGCAUUGACUUGUUAUCGCCAUCAAGACCAUUAAGAAGGUUUUCCCUAAUUUGUCGAUGUCAUCAUCAAACCAUAAAAAGUUCACCCGAAUCUUUAAAGUUUUUUGACCUUUCCAAUUUACCAUUCAAUACCACGGAAUGUACAUCAUUUUCACACGAAGAUUUCAUUCUUUUACCUAAUCAUUUCACUCCUUUUGAACAAGAAUUUCUUCUUGAUCGAUCUUUAAAAAAAUUGAAAAGAGUCUUUGGUAAACAAAUAGUCUACCAAGAUAGUCAUUUCGAUGACGUUAUUCAGGGUUAUAGAGAAUGUCAAGCCUCUCAUUGGGGUGAUCAAAACGACAAAGUAAUAGAAAUUUUUAAUAAAAAGGUUUAUGAUUUUUUUCCGAGAACUGUUGAAUGGUUACCAGUUCAUAUCUUGGAUUUAUCUGAAACCGGUGGUAUUAAACCUCAUGUUGAUAACGUUGAUUAUUCUGGAAGCAUCGUUGCUGGAAUUUGUCUUAUGUCUCCAACAGUUAUGAUCUUUCGCCAUAAAGAUGACAAAAGUUGUAAUUUUUCUGUAUUAUUGGAACCAGGAUGUCUUUAUAUCCAACGGGAGAAGGUUCGUUUUAACUUUACUCACGAGAUUCCUCAAGAUCCUGCUCAACAUGUAUUUAAAGGCCAGAUUAUUCCAAAGGGAAGAAGAAUUUCUUUAAUGUUUAGGGAUGUGAAAAAAACGAGCUAA